GGGGAAGCAAAGCAAACAAGCUAAAACCAUCAAUUCCCCAUUCGCAAGGUACUGGCGCGCAAAAUACAGAGAAGUAAAAAAAAAAACGAGUUGAACCUUUACUCCCUCUGACCGUUGCCCACCUUCCGCAGCCGUCGCCACCGCCGUCGCCGGCGUCUCCUCCUCUGCCACCCAGCCCACCCUCCUCCGCCACAGACACACCGCUAUCGCUUCCCACAUCAUCUCUCCAGCGUCCGCCGAGGGAUGGAGAACGGUGGAAUCGAGGAGGCCGACGACGCACUGCCGGAGCCCGCGCCGCCCAAUGGGCGGCGGUACCGGCCAGUCGGGUCGAGCGACCGUGCCGUGAUCCAGAUGACUUCCAUGGAGCCGGGAUCCUCGUCUGCCACCAUCGAUGCCGUCGUGACUCCCCAGCCGCCAAGGAACCUGAAGCCUGAUGCUAAUCUAACUAUUGAUCCAAGUAUGCGGGAAGGUUCUCCUGAUGAUCAUGUUACAUCCAGUGGAUCUCAAGGGGAUUCAAAGCUAGAACUCUUUGGUUUUGAUUCUCUUGUAAAUAUAUUGGGUCUUAAGAGCAUGACAGGAGAGCAGGUUCAGGCCCCUUCAAGUCCUAGGGAUGGCGAGGAUGUUGCAAUUACCAUUGGCCGGCCCAAGCAAAGUGGACCUAAGUUCGGCACCAUGAUGGGUGUCUUUGUUCCAUGCUUGCAGAAUAUCUUGGGAAUCAUUUAUUAUAUCCGUUUUACCUGGAUUGUAGGUAUGGCAGGUGUAUGGCAGUCACUUGUGUUAGUUUCAUUUUGUGGUGCAUGCACAUUUUUAACCUCAAUAUCAUUAAGUGCCAUUGCAACGAAUGGAGCUAUGAAGGGUGGUGGGCCAUAUUAUCUUAUAGGCCGUGCACUUGGUCCUGAAGUUGGAGUUAGUAUAGGAUUAUGCUUCUUCCUUGGGAAUGCAGUGGCUGGAUCCAUUCAUGCAGGAGUGUCACUCAUCUGCGUAUUAGAAACUUAUAUGGCCAUUUUCAGGUAUGUGCUUGGGGCUGUAGAAACCUUUCUUGACGCUGUUCCUUCUGCUGGACUGUUCCAAAAGAGUGUAACAGUUGUCAACAAUACAUUAGUGAAUGGUACAGAAACUACUGGCACGUCAACUAUAUCUACACCCAGCUUGCAUGAUCUUCAAGUGUAUGGUGUUAUUGUGACUAUACUGCUGUGUUUUAUUGUGUUUGGUGGUGUCAAAAUCAUCAACAAGGUUGCACCUGCUUUCUUAAUACCAGUCCUGUUCUCUUUGCUGUGCAUUUAUCUUGGUGUCUUCAUUGCACCAAGGCAUAAUGCUCCAAGGGGGAUCACUGGGUUGAGUAUAACCACAUUGAAAGACAAUUGGGGUGAAGACUAUCAACGUACAAACAAUGCUGGCGUUCCUGAUCCAAGUGGAUCAAUAUAUUGGGAUUUCAAUGCUCUGGUAGGUCUCUUUUUCCCAGCGGUCACUGGAAUUAUGGCUGGCUCAAACCGAUCUGCCUCACUGAAAGAUACACAGCGUUCAAUACCAAUCGGCACAUUAUAUGCAACUCUUACAACAACUGCCAUGUAUCUAUUCUCUGUGCUUCUAUUUGGAGCCUUGGCUACACGGGAGGAGCUUCUAACUGAUAGGCUCCUUACUGCUACGGUGGCUUGGCCUGCUCCUGCAGUGAUUUACAUUGGUAUUAUUCUGUCCACCUUAGGUGCAGCACUGCAGAGUUUGACUGGGGCUCCAAGGUUGCUUGCAGCAAUUGCUAAUGAUGACAUUCUUCCUGUUCUUAAUUACUUCAAAGUUUCUGAGGGAUCUGAGCCGCAUGCGGCCACUUUAUUCACGGCCUUCAUCUGUAUUUGCUGUGUUGUUAUUGGAAACUUGGAUUUGAUUACACCCACGAUCACAAUGUUUUUCCUUCUGUGCUAUGCUGGCGUGAACCUGUCAUGCUUUCUGCUUGAUCUCCUUGAUGCUCCUAGUUGGCGCCCCAGAUGGAAAUUUCACCAUUGGAGCCUUUCACUUGUUGGGGCAUUGUUCUGUGUUGUGAUUAUGUUUCUGAUCUCCUGGUCUUUCACUGUUGUCUCCCUUGCCCUUGCAAGCCUCAUCUAUUACUAUGUGAGCAUAAAAGGGAAGGCUGGAGACUGGGGAGAUGGGUUCAAAAGUGCAUACUUUCAAUUGGCACUCCGAAGUCUCAGAUCACUCGGAGCAAACCAAGUCCAUCCUAAGAAUUGGUACCCCAUUCCUCUGAUAUUCUGCCGUCCAUGGGGCAAACUGCCGGAAAAUGUUCCUUGUCAUCCAAAACUUGCAGACUUUGCUAAUUGUAUGAAGAAGAAAGGCCGUGGUAUGUCCAUUUUUGUCUCUAUAAUUGAUGGUGAUUAUCAUGAACUAGCUGAGGAUGCAAAGACUGCCUGCCGCCAAUUGGAUGCUUACAUUGACUACAAGCGCUGUGAGGGUGUUGCGGAGAUCAUUGUAGCUCCUACUAUGUCUGACGGCUUCCGCAGCAUCGUGCAGACAAUGGGCCUAGGAAACUUGAAGCCAAACAUUGUUGUGAUGCGGUACCCUGAGAUCUGGAGGCGUGAGAAUUUGACACAGAUACCGUCAACAUUUGUCAGCAUAAUAAAUGAUUGCAUUAUUGCUAACAAGGCAGUAGUCAUUGUGAAGGGACUCGAUGAGUGGCCUAAUGAGUACCAGCGUCAGUAUGGGACUAUUGACCUCUACUGGAUUGUAAGGGAUGGAGGAUUGAUGCUUCUUCUGUCCCAACUCCUGCUGACAAAGGAGAGCUUUGAGAGCUGUAAGAUCCAAGUCUUCUGCAUAUCUGAAGAGGAUACCGACGCAGAGGAGCUGAAAGCUGAUGUCAAAAAGUUCUUGUAUGAUCUUAGGAUGCAAGCUGAGGUCAUUGUUGUCACUAUGAAAUCAUGGGAGUCACACAUGGAGAGCAGCAGUAGCGGUGUUCAGCAGGAUAACUCCCAUGAGGCUUACACAAGUGCACAGCAAAGGAUCGAAACAUACCUUGACGAGAUGAAGGAAACUGCUCAAAGAGAAAGGCAGCCACUAAAGGAGAAUGGGAGGCAAGUUGUUGUGAAUGAACAGAAGGUUGAUAAAUUCCUUUACACAAUGUUGAAAUUGAACUCCACGAUACUCAGGUACUCCAGAAUGGCAGCUGUAGUUCUUGUGAGCCUUCCACCACCACCACUAAAUCAUCCUGCAUAUUUCUACAUGGAGUACAUGGAUUUGCUUGUAGAGAAUGUCCCACGCAUGUUAAUAGUUAGGGGAUAUACGAGAGAUGUUGUCACAUUUUUCACAUGAUUAUACAUAUAAUAUAAACUUCCCACCUGGAGACUCUAGUGUCGUCUGGCUGUUGUACUAUCUUAGCAGAGACUGGUUACACAAGAUUCAAGCGUGGAUUCUGCCAUCGAAAUGACAAGCCCUCACCUUGAAGGCAACCAUGAUGAGAUGUCAAAUGUCAAGGGCUCUUGUUCGGGCUUAUUGGGUUCGUGAACUACUGAACUGCAGUGUCUUCAUUCUUUUCUGGAUUUUAAAGAUCCACAUAGCGAGCUUUGAUUCUUACAGAUUUUGUAGUCAUCAUAUGUAAACACUUACCAUCUAGUAAGCAUACUUACAUGCUGCCCCAAUGACAGAAUGCGAUCCUUACCUUCUCACAAACAUUUAUAUAUGUAUUUUCUUUGCAUCACUUAAGUCCAUCUAAAACUUAUGGACCUGUGGAGAUGAGCAGAGAGCCAGAGAUGCGAAUUUUGAA